AGCGCGCCGCUUUUCGAAGAGGCUUUCGGUGCCUUGUGUCUUCUGUGCGCUCCACAGCGCCGUGCUUCUGGCUCUGAACCGCAGAGGUGCAGUCCUCGCAGCGGCCCGCCCGCGGAGGGGGACAUAGAAGGUGCUCGGUGCUCAGCUCCCCCUCGCGAAUCUCUAUCGUCCGGCUUCAGGUCACCGUCCUCGGGGCCCUGUCCGACGUGAGCUCCUCUCCCUUCCGUGCUGCUGACGCUGAGGGUGGAGCGGGCCGAGCCGUCUGUGCUCGCAACGCGCUCCUCGGGCUGGUGCCUGUAUAUCCCGAUAGAGGGAAGGGGAGUGAGAAGGAUGGAUGAAGCAGCUGGGGAUUUGAAGCAAGCCCUCCUGAAUACGUGCGAUAAUGUCCAGAUACACGUGGAAGUUCAUCAGAAAUCAAACAGUACGGCAAAGAAAGAAGACAUCAGGAUGAGUGUCCUAAAACUGUUGAACAGACACAACAUUGUGUUUGGUGAUUACAAGUGGACAGAAUUUGAUGAUGGCUUCCUUAACAGCAAUGUGCAAUCUGUGUCAAUUGUGGAUACAGAGCUGAAACUGAAGGAAAGACAGCCUAUUGACUUGAGCAAAAGCAGUCUUUCCAUUCAUAUUUUUCAUCUGAAUGAAGAAGGGCCAAGCAUUGAAAACUUGGAAGAAGAGAAUGAGGAUAUUGUUGCAGCUAACCACUGGGUGCUACCUACAGCUGAAUUCCAUGGCCUUUGGGAAAGUCUUAUAUAUGACACUGAAGUAAAAUCACAUUUACUUGAUUAUGUCACGACAACAUUACUGUUUUCUGACAGAAACGUUGACAGCAACUUAAUAUCAUGGAAUAGAGUUGUUUUGCUACAUGGCCCUCCUGGAACUGGUAAAACCUCUCUCUGCAAAGCAUUGGCUCAGAAGCUGACGAUACGACUAUCGUACAGGUAUAGAUAUGGACAGUUAAUUGAAAUAAACAGCCAUAGUCUUUUCUCUAAAUGGUUUUCUGAGAGUGGCAAGCUCGUAACCAAGAUGUUCCAGAAGAUUCAAGAGUUAAUUGACGACAAAGAUGCUCUUGUGUUUGUACUGAUCGAUGAGGUGGAGAGCCUCACAGCAGCCCGCAGUGCCUUCAAGGCAGGCACAGAGCCUUCAGAUGCUAUUCGUGUAGUUAAUGCUGUACUGAUGCAAAUAGAUCAGAUUAAAAGGUAUCCCAAUGUAGUUAUCCUGACUACUUCAAAUAUUACAGAGAAAAUUGACAUGGCAUUUGUAGACAGAGCAGACAUAAAGCAGUAUAUUGGCCCCCCAUCUGCUGCAGCAAUAUUCAGAAUAUAUCUUUCUUGCCUGGAAGAGCUGAUGAAGUGCCAAAUAAUAUAUCCUCGACAGCAUCUCUUGUCACUCAGAGAGUUAGAAAUGAUUGGAUUUGUAGAAAAUAAUGUGUCCAGGUUAAGUCUGGUACUAAAAGAAAUCUCAAGAAGAAGUGAAGGUCUUAGUGGCCGGGUCCUCAGAAAACUUCCUUUCCUAGCACACGCACUUUAUAUUCAAUCCCCCAGUGUUACAAUGGCAACGUUUCUUCAGGCUCUUUCACUUGCAGUAGACAAACAGUUUGAAGAAAGAAAAAAACUUGCAGACUGUGUGUGAUGGUUUACGGCAUUAUACUUUCCUGUAUUGUUAUCAUUGAAAAGUACUUAACUUUGCAUGCAAAUUGUGCAGUUUCUAUGCAUCUAUAAAACAUAUCGUCAACACCUUAAAAACCCUGGAAUGCUUAAUCUAGUUUUGAAAAACUUUUAUUAAUAAACAGUUUUUACCGCA